GCAGCUAUGGUCACGCACGUUGCCAAGAAGAUGAAGGUGGAGCACGAGCCCACCGGUUCCAGCGCUGAUGGAGACGCAGCCAUGAAGCCGGAGAACUCGAACAUCAGUGACGACGAAGAAGACUCGGAUGACGAGACUGGGACGUCCGCAAUUGCCCAGUUCCAGAGCGAAGAUGGUACAAAUGUGGGACCACAGUUGGAGAUUCCUAUGAGCUCCAAUGUCCGUCAGAUGGAAGAAUUGGUCAACGAGCUGCUGCAGAACGGCAAGAACCGCGUGCCGUACUCGCUUUUCAUCGGUGAGACGGAGGUGACAACGUCACUUAAGGCUACAGUCGAGGAACUGAAAUUGUCGACGGAGACGGCGUUGACCAUCACGUUCCAACCUUUGGCGGCAUUCCGUGUGCGUCCAGUCACCCGUUGCAGCGAUACAUUACAGGGACACUCGGAAGCUAUUCUACACGUGAGCUUUAGCCCUGAUGGCAAGAGAUUGGCCAGUGGAGGAGGCGACGCCACCGUGCGCUUCUGGGACACCAACACGUGCAUGCCAAAGCACACGGGUCGUGGACACAAGAACCACGUGUUGUGUACGGCUUGGUCGCCCGACGGAACGCGCUUUGCUUCGGCUGACCGUAACGGUGAAAUUCGUCUAUGGGACCCGCUGACAGGCAAGCAGAUCGGCCAGCCCAUGAAGGGCCAUAAGCAGUGGGUGAACUCGUUGACCUGGGAGCCCAUGCACCGCAACGCCACUUGCGAGCGUUUCGCGAGUUCUUCGAAGGACGGAUCGAUCAAAGUGUGGAACGCUCGUACAGGUCGAUCCAUCGCCUCGUUGUCCGGCCACACGGACUCAGUAGAGUGCAUCAAAUGGGGAGGUGAAGGUUUGCUAUACAGUGCGUCCCGUGACCGAACAAUUAAAGUCUGGGCAAUGGAAGGCGAGCACGUGGGCAAACUCGUGCGUACGCUGAUCGGACACGGUCACCGUAUCAACACGCUGGCGCUGAAUGUGGACUACGUCUGCCGUUCGGGUCCGUUCGGUCACAACACCAAAGGCUUCGCGUCGCGUGAGGAGAUGCAGCAGGCAGCACUGAAGCGAUACCAGGAGGUGCGCAAGGGCCAGCCAGAGCGUCUGGUCUCCGGUUCAGAUGACUUCACGCUGUUCUUCUGGGAGCCAUCGGAGAGCAAGAAGCCGCUGGCGCGUCUCACGGGCCACCAGCAGCCAGUGAACCACCUGAGCUUUUCUCCAGACGGACGAUAUUUCGCCAGCGCCAGCUUCGACAAGGAAGUCAAGAUCUGGAAUGGUCAAACGGGCAAGUUUGUGGCUACCCUCACGGGCCACGUGGGCGCUGUGUACCAGGUAUGCUGGUCCAGUGACUCGCGCUUGAUCGUGACGGCUAGCAAAGACUCGACGGUGAAGGUGUGGGAGCUCAGCGAGCCUAAGAAUGCCAAGACAACGCUAUCCGGACAUGCUGACGAGGUGUACGCGCUGGACUGGAGCCCGAACGGCGACAUGGUGGCCUCCGGCAGCAAGGAUCGCACCAUUAAGAUCUGGAAGCACUGAUCAAUAGACUUUGUUUUACACUUGUUUUUGCGCCAAUUGCUUCCCGCCAUCAGCAUGCUCACUUCCGUUUUAGCGCGUGGCCUGCACGUUUCGCUGAGUUUACCUGUCAAAACAAGCUCCGAAAUGAAGCGCGCACGCGAUGAGAGCACGAUGGAAGACUGCGACAUGGAUGCUGUAGGUAUGACGCCGCCCCCGUCGUCUUUGUGGGCCUCCAUGUCGCCCUGGAAGCCACCACACGCGUCCGCCAAGCGCUGCCGAGACCGCUCUGUACCCGUCGACGCGCUGAGCCGCAUGAUGUCGGCCGCCAUCACCAAUGCGCGUAUCAAGAAGCACAGCAGCAUCGGUCGCCUGUUCGCCACUAAAAGCGAAGCACCACGCGCGUGUUGCUCCGUAUGUGAGAGCGCCAAACGUCGAUUCAGUACCAGCCAGAUGCAACGCUGCAGCCACUGCGAGCGGCAGAUGGGCGACUGCUGCCGUCGUGAGUGCGACGCGUGCUGCAGCGUCUUUUGCUCGCUGUGCUCGACACUCAACUGCGACGAGCAGUUCGACCGCGUGUUCUGUCUGUCGUGCAACGAGGAGCAACACUGCAGGGGAUAGAAGGCUGCCGAUUUCAGAGCUUUUAAUUGUUUUUAAUUCUAAAGUGCAUGUUUUAAUGUAGGUCUUUGAGGGUUAAUUAACUGAACAUGCCGACGCUUGGACCAUCGUACAGGAAGCUUCGAACCAUCUCAUACACCAUGGCAGGCUGGUCAUGAGGAACCAUCUACAUACACAAGAUAUAUUAGUAAAUAAUGCAGGGGAGUGUGGAUAUCUUUACGUACGUGGCCGGCGUUAUAGACUUUCAUGAAGCUGAGACCGUGUGACGUC